GUCCCCCGCUGUACCGCGUGGCUUGCGUCAUGACAGUUGCCUGGGCUUUCCCUCUUCUAUGUGUGCCAAGGUGGAGCAAGGCGACACCCGAGCUCAGGUGCCGCAGCUACGAGUUCCUCCCGCCGCGCCGUGGCCGGGAGGAGGCAGCGGGACGGGCCGCGGGGGAGUCACAACGGUGCAACAAGGAGACCGAGUGAAUGGAGGGUUUGUCCUUCAGCGGCAGUCUGGUAAAAGAUCUCGUGCAGUGUACACUGGACGAGCACUCCUCUCCGCGCCACUGCUGCUGCUGCUGGAGGACUGUGAAGGCGGCGAGAGGCUGACUGGAGCAGCGCGCCCUGGCCACGACUCAACACGCGUGCUGAGCCAUGUGAAUAGCCUGUGUAGGUUGCAACAGAAACAACGACAACGACGAAGACAACGAGUACUGUUUUGGGCGAGCGACGCGUGAGUGAGUCCAUAGCGGCACCAUGGCGAGGCCCCGAGGCAUGCAGAGAGUCUUCCUGGCGGCGGCGGCGGCGUGCGUGAUGGCAGGGGGCGGUGCAGCGGGGUGGGGAGAUUGGAAGGACAGGGCAGCGUCGAUCCCGUCUAAGUGCUUCCUCCGGCCUGAAACAGGACUCUGCCGUGGUUUCUUCCCGUCUUACUUCUACAAUCCAGCCAUCGGAAACUGUGACUGCUUCGUGUACGGCGGCUGUGCUGGCAACGACAACAACUUCAAGACCAUGGAGGAGUGCGCCAGGGAGUGCAGAGUGCAGCACCCCGUCAACACGCCAAAGUGCAAGGAGCUUUUCGACGAGCAAGAUUUCCGUCCCCAGCCAUCGCCACCUGACCAGCCCCAGGCACACCCACCCUACCACCCACCACACACACCACAACACCCGCCACACCCACCCCAAGCCACUCAACACCCGCCACUCGCCACCCAGCACCCUCCUCUCGCCACCCAGCAUCCGCCCCUCGCCACUCAGCACCCGCCACUCGCCACUCAGCACCCGCCACUCGCCACUCAGCACCCGCCACUCGCCACUCAGCACCCACCACAGGCCACUCAGCACCCACCACAGGCCACUCAGCACCCACCACAGGCCACUCAGCACCCGCCCCUCGCCAUACACCCCUGGCAGGCCACAGCAGUGCUCAGCGGCCCCACACCCCAAACAGUUCAGCCGGUCUAUUCCUUUCCAAGACACUAUUAACCCUGAUCCAUGAUAAUGUCCUCCACUAAAUCAUUCACCAGUCUUCUGAAGCUUCUUGUUCUUCUGUAGAGUUGAAAUAAAAAUGUAACUGGAUUGGA